AUGAAAGUCAUAAAUAAGUUCAAGGGUUGCAUUCGACAGAUCGAGCGGCUUAAUCCAAGUGGUGCUUCUGAAUUGGAUAUAAUUAUUAAAGCUAAAGCUCUGUAUGAGCAAGAAUCUAAAGAUAAGAAAGAGUUUCAAUAUGAACACAUUAGGCAUAUUCUAAAGGAUACUGAGAAGUGGGCUGACCAUACACCUUCAAAGAUGACCGUGUCUGGAACCAUCUCAAAUGCCGAAGGAUCAGAGUCGAACUCAAUGGACUCCAUUAAUCUGAUGGGUGAUGAACAAUCUCCUGCCAACAACUCAUCAAGUCGACUCGUUGGAACAAAGGAGAAAAAUGUGAAGAGCAAGAUCCUCUCCCCAUCUGAGUGUAAUGUUGAUAUUCUUAAGAAUAUCAAAGAAAUGCAGGAAAAACGUGAGCUUGGAAGGGAAACCAUGCAACAACUAAUGAUGAUGAAAUUAGAAAAUGAUAAGAAAAGGUUAGAUCAACGGGUUGUACAAUUAGAACAGCGCGAUCAACUCUUGGCUCAACAGCGUGAGCAAUUUCAUCUUGAGCGUGAUCGUGAGGAUAGAGAAAUACUAUCAAUUGAUUUGAGUAAGAUUGUUGAUGUAAGGGAACCUGUAUUUUUUGAGAGGAAAAAACAACAAAUCAUUAGAAGAAAUAGCGGUGAUUUUCAAUUUGAUAGUUCAACUCAUGUUUUAGGAGGAACUGGGUAUUGGGGUCCGUCAGGGUAUUAG